UCUCUCUCUCUCUCUCUCUCUCUCUCUAUCCCCUGUUUUGUUUCCCAUUGAGUUUGGUCUCUCCCUGCAACUAUUUUGAAAUGAUGUCCUCUUCUGCAACAAUGGGGGGCCACGAAACCCACAUCCCUAGACAAGAAAAACCCCACCCAUUACAGCAAAUCGCAGAGAGCUCAACUCACAAGCUGCUUCUGAAACAAUGGCUCAAAGAAGAGGAACUCAUCUUCAAGAGGGUCGCCUUAAAUGAGUCUAAAAUUGACGGAACCAGGAAAGAAAUCACCCAGCUCUACUGUUUUUACUUUAUCUUCCAUGCCAUUGUUCUUGUUUUGUUGUACACUGCUUCGGCUAGAGAUCCGGAUAAGGCUUGCAGAAGGGUUUGGAUCCCCUCUGUUUCUGGUCUUUUGUGUUCUCUGGCCAUGAUUUGGGCCAUAAGGUAUAAGAUGGACAUGGAGGCUCACAUUGAGAAGCUUUUAGAGAGAGAAAAAGAGGAUGGGAAGCUGCUUUUGAAGUGUGUUCAAGAACUGAAGAAGAAGGGUGUGGAUUUUGAUCUCUUGAAGGAGGUCGACGCAUUGAGGAGGGCUAAGAGUUUGAGGGUGGAGACGAAGCCUGUGAAGAAAUGGUCGUCGAUGGAUUUCGUCACACUUUUCUUCGUGGCGAUCUCUUGUUUGAUUUUGGGGAUCACAAGAUGUGUUCUCUGCAAUUAGAAUGGGGUUUGGGGUUUCUUGGCUUCUUUCUCUCUCUAAAUCUGGUUUAGCAGGGUUUUGGGGUCUCCCUCUCUGUCUCUUAUCACUCAAUAUGUGUUGGGUGACUCUCUCUCAGAGGGUUUUUUUUAUUUUCUAUUUUCCCCUUAACUUACAGUCCACCAUUACAGAACAUAUUGUUCUUCAUAGAAUGUCAUGUUUCAAGCUUAUUGGGAGUUAAUAACAUUUCUGUGAAUUUUU